AUGUCCAUAAAAUGCUUUUGUGGUCCUUUUCUAAAUGGAACUGAAUUUGAUUUCGCUCCGUGCAACAUCACUUCAUUUAAUCACACUAGCAAUGGAAGUGAACAUUGUCAGCCCCAAACCCUGGAAGAUAUUCUGCUCAGACUACUUGGGCCAAGAAGGUCUCCAUACUUCCUCCCAGUGACACUAACUUACAUACUUAUCUUUGUCACUGGUGUGGUUGGGAACCUUCUCACCUGCACUGUGAUCACUAAGCAUAGAAAGAUGAGAACACCCACAAACCUGUACCUUUUAAGCCUGGCUAUUUCUGAUCUACUGGUGCUGCUGUUUGGAAUGCCUCUGGAGAUAUACGACCUGUGGCAGAACUACCCUUUCCCAUUUGGUGAGAGCAUUUGCUCUUUUAAAAUCUUUCUAUUUGAGACUGUUUGCUUCGCAUCUGUGCUCAAUGUCAUGGUUUUGAGCAUUGAACGCUAUGUGGCUGUGGUCCACCCACUUAAGACACGAUAUGCCAUCACCAACAAACAUGCCCAGAGAGUAAUCGGAGGGGUUUGGGCUGUUUCCCUGGUCUGCGCCAUUCCCAACACUUCUCUUCAUGGCCUACAUUAUUAUUAUCUACCUGAGAAGGUCCUAGAGUCAGCCACUUGCAACCUUUUAAAGCCCCAGUGGAUCUACAACUUGGUGAUCCAGGUGACCACCAUUCUAUUCUACUUUGUGCCCAUGACAGUGAUUAGUGUGCUUUAUCUAGUGAUAGGGAUAAACCUGGGCAGGGAACAGAGGCAGAAAGGAAGGAAACUGAGAACGAAUUGUAGCGCUGAUACCAGUUGGAAGAUCCAAAUUGAGAACGGACGCAGGAGGCAGAUUACCAAAAUGCUAGCUGUUGUAGUGCUAGCCUUUGCUAUCUGCUGGGCUCCAUUCCAUAUUGACAGACUCUUGUGGAGUUUCAUCACUAAUUGGACCGAUCACAUGCACAACAUCUUUGAGUAUGUGCAUAUCCUCUCCGGAGUGUUGUUUUACCUCAGCUCUGCCAUCAAUCCCAUUAUCUACAACCUCCUAUCCAGUCGCUUUCGAGAGCGAUUUUUUGAGCUGAUGUGUAGGCACCACGAAGUUAAUGCCUCGCGGAGCAACUCUCCACCCUACAGCAAGAGGAUUUCUUUUCUUAAAACCAACGAGGCUGCCAGAAUCACCUCUCAGUCCUGCAGCCGAUAUCCAAAAGCUCCCCAACCCUCUGUUAUCCCCAGCACAGGAUGGGAGCAGGACCUUGACACUACAUUUAUGUAA